GCUCCGCGCUAAUAACACACCGGGCUGGCUCACAAGUUUGCAGAGUUGUCUUUGAGAGCCGUGGGGACAGAGCUACAAACUCAGAGCGCGGACCAGACGAACCAAGAGGCACCUGCGUGAAAAAACGACUUUCACUUUAUUCGUAUAGCAAAACUUUUUUGUUGAUUGUCGGUGCAACUUCUUCUUUAUAAGACUGGUCAGUAUAUACUCCUCUACCUCUUGAUCGUGGUGUUUUUUUUUACUUUUGUAUUUCGCUUUUACUUAAUAACGCGUGAAGAUUCAGUGAAGAUUUAAAAAAUGUAUAACAUGAUGGAAACCGAGCUGAAGACCCCGCUGCCGCAGUCCAACUCGGGCUCCGCGGGCUCCAAGAACAACAGUGCCAACGACCAGGACCGGGUGAAGCGACCCAUGAACGCCUUCAUGGUGUGGUCCCGCGGGCAGCGCAGAAAGAUGGCGCAGGAGAACCCCAAAAUGCACAACUCGGAGAUCAGCAAGCGCCUCGGAGCCGACUGGAAACUUUUGACGGACGCCGAGAAGAGGCCGUUCAUCGACGAGGCCAAGCGCCUGCGCGCCAUGCACAUGAAGGAACAUCCGGAUUACAAAUACCGUCCCCGCAGGAAGACCAAGACCCUGCUCAAGAAAGACAAGUAUUCUUUGCCCGGGGGGCUCCUGGCGCCCGGCUCCAACGUGGUCAACAACGCCGUGUCGGUGGGCCAGCGCAUGGACAGUUACGCGCACAUGAACGGCUGGACGAACAGCGCGUACUCCCUCAUGCAGGACCAGCUGGCCUACCCGCAGCACCACAGCAUGAACAGCCCGCAGAUCCAGCAGAUGCACCGCUACGAGAUGGCCGGACUCCAGUACCCCAUGAUGUCCUCAGCCCAGAGCUACAUGAACGCGGCGUCCACGUACAGCAUGUCCCCGGCGUACACGCAGCAGGGCUCCGGCGCCAUGGGCCUGGGCUCCAUGUCGGGCGUGUGCAAGACGGAGCCCAGCUCCCCGCCGCCGGCCAUCACGUCCCACUCUCAGCGGGCGUGUUUGGGGGACCUGAGGGACAUGAUCAGCAUGUACCUGCCGCCCGGCGGAGACAGCAGCGCGGAGCACUCCUCCCUGCAGGGUAGCCGGUUACACAGCGUACACCCGCACUACCAGACGGCCGGCACGGGAGUCAACGGGACGCUACCGCUGACCCACAUCUGAAGAACUCUCUGCCACAUCGCACACAUACACACAUACAUAUACACACGCACCACAUACACAAUAAAAAUAGAAAUAGAGAAAGACUUUGAAACUAAAAAAGAAAUAAAAAAGUACUUCGGAUACUUGAACUUUUUUUUGGUUGCUAAAGAACCGACGUUCGGUAGUUUGGUUGGAGAAACGAUUUUUCAUUUGAUCUGAAUAAGUUGUAAAGUUGAAAAGCAUUUUAAGACAUAUCAUGGUCUGAGACUGAACGUUAAGGCCACUAGUAGACGGCAUGGCGAGGCUUUUUAUCAUGAGUAGAAAGCAAUCCACUUUGUGUAGAAGAAUUGGACUUCUAUAUUUUAAAUAAUGCCAUAUUUUCUCUGUAUGAAAAGAAGGGCAUGUGGCCUCGUGACGAGGCUGUUGUAUUUCAGAAACAGAUGGAUGGAGUGUUGCUUCAUAUUCAUAAAUGUUUACACUUAAUUUGUAGAAUGUUUGUUGUGUCCUGGCUGUGUCCCAAAUUGUGUAGUUUUCUCCCCGCACCCCCCUCCCCCCUCCCCCCAUCCCACCUCUGGGUUUGAUGAUGAAAUGUUAAGACUGUGCCGGUCGCAAGCAUAUGCGUUUUAUUUAUAGUAAGAUGUUUUGGAGCUUGUUUGACCCUAUUUGUUUGUCACGUGAAAAUAUUCUAUUUUGUUUUGUGAAGUUUUCUGUCGUGUGAUGAUGGUGUCCCGUUUACUCAUAUCAUCCAUGAAAAGGUUUUAUUUAAACUGACUGUUUCUACUUAUUUCAAGACCAUCCUCUAUUCUUAAAAUAAAUUUGUACGAAACACAA